CGUUGGCUGAAAGCCGCGAGUUUUUGUUUUGUGAGCUAAAACUGGGAAGUUCUUCCCUUUAGCAACUAGCUUGCAUCAUGUUACCAAAUCCAAGGUGCAUUUCUACAUGACGUAUAUCUGAUUUAAUACGCGUAUUCCUUCAAUUUAUAUCACAGCAGCUCAGAAAAUGUCAGAGAAAGAAGACACUCACCAGAGGCUGAAGGCAGCGGUUCAUUACACGGUAGGUCGUUUAUGUCAGAGGGUCGCAGAGGAGCACCGGAGGGAGUUCAGCCGGCAGGCCGUGGCAGCCAUAGCAGAGACCACAUUCAGAGAGUGCGAUAUAUUUGCCAAAGAUCUAGAAGCUUUUGCAAGACAUGCUAAAAGAACUACGGUGUCUGCAGAGGAUGUGAAGCUUCUAGCUCGUCGCAGUACUGCUCUGUCCAGACACAUACAAAAUAAAAGUGAAGAAUUGGCCCAGGAGCAGAAAGAUACCAGAAAGAAGAAUACAGGGAAGAGGAAGAGCAGAGACACAGAGGAGGAAAGUAAAGAAUGAGGACACUGGGAAGCCUGCAGCACCUGACAUAUGCCCAACAUGGAUAGAAAAACAAGACUGACCAAAAAAGGCUGCUUCAAUGUCAAUUUGAUGUUUUGUCCUGAUCGAUUCAUACAACUGUUUAUUUUUGUGCGUGUUUAUAAUGAAACAAACCCUCAAAUGAGCAAAGAUGCAUUUAUUUUACGGACAUGUUCUAUAACUUUUAUAUACAUAAAGUUCUUAUGCCAGUUUGGGGUGGCAGAUUUUUAUAAAAAGUUUGACCCACAGUAAAAAUGUAACCCCCCCGCAGAUGCUGCCUUACCUAUUGGAGUCAAAUAACCUAAUUUAUGCAGAAAAAUGGGUUAAUAAUAAAGCAGAUAAAUGAGUACAAA